GUUAAGUUUUGUAUAUAUGUUAGCAGCAUAUAAUAGAGAAACAGUUUAUAUUACAUACAAAAGGCCUUAUAAGGCGUGUCCCUAGUAGGCCGCGAAGCAGCUUCUGCUGUUUUUUCGUGAAACUGCUGCUGCUUCUUGGUUCGUUUCACUUUCCCAGAAACCGCUACAUUCCUGGUGUUUUGUCAUCCGUGCAGUUUAUCUUGCUUAACCGUUUAAAGUUACUUAACUUGUGUAAGUUCUGUAGGUAGCCUAGGUGUAAUCAGAACAGAUAGUAGUCGAAGCAGCAGCAUGGAAACUUUGCAAUUUAUCGUCAUUUUUGCGUAUAGUUGCAUUUUCUUAUAUCCCGUUCAAGGACAAUCUCAAUCCUCGUGUGAACUUCCCUUUGUAUGGAAUGCUGCCACUGGCGACAAUUGGUUGCUACCAGGCAUAAUACCAGGAUACCGAGCUAAAUUUGAGCUUGUAGUCGAGGGCUUAGACUCAAAUAACCGGUACAUACCGGGUCGAGCUCAUAAGGUUUCAGUUAAAGUGAGGUCGAAAACAGAGGGUCGAAUGCGUGGGUUUUACUUGCUCCUCGAUCCGGUGGAAGAACAAACCUCCGACUGCAUGUGUUCGUUUAACGUCUCUUGCGGUUUGGGCCGUUUUGUGAAGAAGAGUAAUAAGAAAAAUGCACGCCUGGGAACGAAAAUGCUUGCCAAUUGUACCCAGAUGAUAUACGCUGAUAAUAAAGUAAAUAAGAAGCGCUGGACCAUGAAAUGGGUGGCGCCCACCUGCGGAGGGGUUGUUAUAAGAGCUACGAUCCGCGGGAAAGAUGGGAAGAUUUAUUUCGACAACGAUGAUUUAGAACCGCAGUUCCAAGUGUUGAGCAGAAUUUUAUAUCCGAGUACCGACUCAGCACCCGAGGAGUCUUAAAUUAAAAAAAAAUGAUGUUUAUGAUAGUGUAACAGAUUCAACACGUUAAUCUGUACAAUUGUUCUUCUUAAUUGUGUAUUUUCUCAACAGCGGCGGGUCUAUAGUUGCAUUGUAAUAAAUGGUAUAUUGUUGAAAAGUGUUAGUGUACAAACUAUUGAACAAGAACAGCAUAUAAUUACCA